AUGGCCCAGGGCUCAUCAGAUCAACAGACAUCCGGCGGCGGCAGUGGCGCCGGCGGAUCCUCGCAGGCGACGAGGAGCGCAGGGCCGGGCACGGCGUCACAGACCCAGACGCAGGCGCAGACACAAUCACCGAUCCUACGGCUGCGUGGCGCGCAGAGGAACCGGGGCCCUCGGGUGCAGUGGGCGGAGAGCGUGGUGGACAACGAGGGCAUGGGCAAGAAGUCGUCAAAGGUGUGCUGCAUCUAUCACGCGCCUAAGGCGGUGGACGAGUCGAGCGAUGAGUCCUCGUCCGACUCUUCCAGCUCCUCGUCCGACGACUCCGACUCUGGCUCGGGCGAGGGCCCCUCGCGCCGGGUGAACGGCGACCAGGCGGGCAAGGACUGCGGUCACAAGCACAAGCACGGGCGCGGCCGGCGGAGAGGCGACGACGGGCGGGGGAAGAGGAAGCCCAGCCCGAAUGCGUACGAGAAGGUGCCCAAGCCGAAACCCAAGGAUGGCGGGCCUGGUGGCUCGGGCCCUGUCGGGACGGGUUGA